AUGACCGAUGAGGAUUUUCUCAAUGCAAUGGAUGAUCUCUCGUUAGAUAAUGAAGGAGAUGUGGGAGAGCUAUUGAAAGCGAUGAAUGAGAAUCAUAUGAUAAGCUGGGAAGAAGCUGAGAGGAUUCUAGCUGACACAAGUAAUGAGCCGAUCAAAUGCUCACUCGUCGAACAGAGUCGUCCCACUGAACCCGACAAUGACACGAAUGUUGACAGAUGCAUUCAACAACUCCAAGCAAACGAUCCAGGCCUCAAACAGAUCAACUUGAACAAUAUGAAACGAACCCCAGUGCCGCAAUUGAAAAGGCUAAUCGAGGCGGUGGCCUACAAUGAACAUUUGGAGAAGCUCAGUUUAGCCAAUAUGGGAUUAUAUGAUACGGAUGUAGCGAUUCUCGUCGAGGCACUCAAACUCAAUCAGAAUUUGAAACAUCUCAAUUUGGAAACGAACUAUUUAAGCGGUGAUUUCUUUUGUGGUCUUUUCGAGGCAGCCGCUGAAAAUGAAACACUUGAAGAGAUAAAAGCUGUCAAUCAGGGCGUCACUUUUUCCACAGAAGCUGAGAAGAGUAUCAUUCGAUCAAUUCAAAAGAAUCACGGCCUAUGCAAAGUAUCGUUGACAUUGCGAUUACCCGAGGGGAGGCACAAAAUCGAGCAGACAACACUACGAAACGGCGAAAUUCGACGGAUUUUGCGCCGAAAGCAACGCGAAGAAGAGGACGCAAAGAGAAAAUCUGAGGGUCUCUACACAUAUGAGAUGAAAGAGAAUAAGCCUCAACCUCGAUCCACACCGAAUAAUGGACCGGCAUGGAGAAGACCGUUUAUUGGAGUUGUUGAAGAUGGGAGAAGAGAUGAAAUAAAGGAAAAGAAUGAAGAGAAGAAGGAUUUUCAACAAGGAGAACACGAGGAAGAAGAAGAUGUUGAGGAUAUUGAAGAAGAGUCUGAAUAUGAAGAGGAAGAGGAAGAGGAAGAAGAGGAUGAA